AAGAACGAUUUACAAAAUUGGGUUCGAAAUGCUAAUGAAAUGUCGUAACAGUUGAGGAGGUGAAGUAAGUAAGUAGGCUAAAACGAUGCCAACAAACAAACAGUCACUGUGCAUGUGUCGCGUGGAGCGCUCGUCGCCGCGUGAGCGCGUUCAGUUUCUUUGUUCACGGCGAUGUCAGGACGAUAACUCUUGCAAAGGAGACAACAAUGCGGGGUUCACUACCCUCGCUCUCCGCGGACGAGUACAGCUGACAGCGGACGGUGCGAGCGAUAACGAGUGGUCGAAGGCCGUUUAGAUCGAGUCGAGAUUAUGGAGUGGUUGAAAGGCGUGAUGGGUCGGCGGCAGGGCCAGGAUGAGGCGGCAGACGGCGCGGGGGACGCUCUGGAGACGGCGCAGCAGCAACGGGAGCGCUGGCGCAGCAUCUACGUGAUAUAUUUCACCAUGUUCCAGAUGUCCCUCGGCUUCAGCAUUGUGCUCACGGGAGUCUGGCCGUAUCUCGACAAGCUAGACCCAGGGGCGAGCAAGGAGGCGCUCGGCCUGGCUGUGGGUGUGAGCCCGCUGGGGCAGCUGGUGGCGUCGCCGCUGCUGGGGCUGUGGGCCAACCGAGCGGCGCGCGCGCGCACCCCCGUGCUCGCAAUGCUGCUGCUGUUUGUGCUGGCCUCCGCGCUCUACGCCAACCUGCAUCUCAUGCGCCCCAACGCGCAUCAGUGGAUGUUAGCCGCUAGAGCCUUGGUUGGAAUUAGUUCUGCAAACGUCGCCGUAGCCCGUUCGUACCUGUCGGCAGCGACGCGCGAAAGCGAAAGAACACGCGCGGUAGCAAGCUGCUCCCUCGCUCAAGUGUUGGGGUUCGUGGUGGGGCCGGCGCUGCAGGCGGCCGCGGCGCCGCUGGGGCCGGGUGCGCCCUACCCACCCCCCGGCGAACAAACCUUCCAGCUGCGACUGGACAUGUACACUGCGGCGGGGUGGAUCAACGCACUUCUUGGAAUCAUCAACAUCUUGCUCUUUCUGCCCUGUUGUUUUAAGGAGCGGAAAAUCGCAGCCAGGGAAGCUAUGCUCGCGCAAGGAAAAGAAACGGAAAAGGAGGCUCUGAAAGCUAUGAAACCUGACUACAUCAGUAGCUGGACGCUGGUCGUAGCCUUCUUUGUGCUGGUGUUCAAUUUUGUGCUGCUGGAGACGUUAGCCACCCCACUGACGAUGGACCAGUUCGGGUGGAGCAAGAAAGAGGCUCUGGAGUACAUGGGCGCGCUUAUGAGCGCCGGGGCCAUCGUCGCAUGCGCCGUCUUCGCGCUCAUCACACCACUAACUAAGAUAUUUGAAGAAAGAGCGCUGCUGCUAUGGGGCGGGUUCCUGCUGACGGGGCUGGCGUCGCUGCUGUGCAUCCCGUGGGGGCCGGGCGGGCCGCCGCUGGUGCCCGCCGACGCGCUGGAGUCGGGCGGCGGCUGUCCCGCGCGCGCGCAGCCCUGGUGCCUCACCUCGCGCGGCCUCACCUUGCCGCAGUUCUUCCUCGGCUACACUUGCGUCUCCAUCGGCUAUCCGCUGGGGGUCACGCUCAUACAGACUAUCUUUUCAAAGGUGCUGGGUCCGCGGCCGCAAGGCGUGUGGAUGGGCGUGCUGACGGGCGCGGGGUGCCUGUCGCGCGCGCUGGGCCCCGUGUUCGUGUCGAGCGUGUACGCGCGCCGCGGGCCCGACGCGACCUUCGGCACGACGGCCGCGCUCACGCUGGCCGCCCUGCUGGCGCUGCGCCUCGUGUACGGGCGCCUGCAGCCGCCGCCGCCGCCGCCCGCGCCGCAAGAGAUGCGACCGCUCAACAACUCUAUAUCGAAUCCACAACCUAAUAACGUGUGACAACAG